GGCAGCCGGGCGCUGCCGUGCCUGGAGUGGCUUUGCGCUCUCGCUCUCGUCGCUUCUCAAGUUUGGGCAAACUACAGCACUUGUGAUCAGAGCAACAACUAUGUUGUUGAUAAGUUUGCAAGGAAUCUGCUGUUCUCUAUGCCGACGGGUGCAGUGAUCUUGCUAAGAGGAGACUUACCUGGGAAUGCUCUUCGUUAUGUUCAUUAUUGUGAAGGGAUGAGGCCAGAUAUCACCUUAGUGGACCAGGAGAUGAUGACUUAUGAAUGGUAUUUACCCAAGCUGGCAAAGCAUUUACCUGGUGUUUAUUUUCCUGGGAACCGGUGGAAUCCUGUGGAAGGAAUAUUACCCGAUGGGACGCUUGCUUUUAAUCUCCAUCGUUUCCUCAAAGUAAAUAAACAUAAGGAAGUGUUUGUCUGCAUAGGUCUUCAUGAAGGGGACUCAACGUGGAGGAGGAGCUAUUCUCUCUGGCCGUGGGGUACAUGUGAAAAAUUGGUUCCUUCCAAUGUUGUCUUUGACCCAGGAGAGUGGAUUCAUCUUACAAGCAAUCUCUAUAACUGGACUGAAGACUACGGCAGUUUCAAGCCCUCUUCCUGGGAAGCUGUUGCCAAUGAGGAGAUGUGGCAAGCCAGGAUGAAAACAGCUUUCUUUAUAUUUGACCUUGCAGAAACUGCCAGUGUGACUGCAGAAAUGAAAUCACAACUUUACACCUUUGCAUACACCUUAUACAAAGAAAUUGUCAACUCUCAUCCAAAUCACCCGGUGAACUGGCACAAAAACUACGCCAUCGCCUGCGAGAGGAUGUUGCGUCUCCGUCGGGUGGAUGUGGAUCCCGAAGCGUUGCUCUCCGAAACUGUGAAACAUUUCCUUCUGUACACUGAGAAAGCGGAGGACGAUCCCCAGCGGCAGGAUAUUCUGCAGGCUGUGAAGCACCUGAAGAAAGAGCUGCAGGGGCUGAGGAAAAUGAAAGAAGAUCUGAGGCGGGGAGCUGGUUAG